CAAGAGGAUUCUCUACAGUUAACUAGGUAUGGGGGGUACAGCGUAGAAGGAGAGUGCUAUUUACAUAAAUAGGGGAGCUGUAGUCGGAACUGAUUGUGAAUAGUGAGCGUAGACUCUGUUUUUAAUGUGUGCAGGUUAUUUGGUGAAAGCGACUAGCAGUAUCUGGGGAGACGUCAAGAUUAGAAAGAGCAUUUUAGAGUCAUGAAAAAGGAGAUGAAAAUUGAAUCUCAAAUGUACAGAAAGCACAGAGAACACAGGCAACCUUGAAUCUGGGGGAUAAGAAGUAAAAGGAAAGCUGAGAAAAUACUUAUUCAGAAGAUCCAAGAGGUUGAGCGUCCCAGGGUUCAAUCCCAGGUGCCAAAAAGAGAGAGAGGAGGAGGGAAUGCACUAGAGAGACUGAUUUCUGUCUUCACCCCCACGCGGUGGCGCACGCCUCUCCCUCGCCCAGCCCAGGUCCGACCCAGCUCCCACCCCCGCGCGGAACUGGGUCGCCGCUCAUUCCCCUGGAGAUGCUGCAGCGAUGGCGACCGUAGCAGGUGAUGCAGCCUACUUCCGGAGGGGCAGUCUGUUCUGGUUCACAGUCAUUACCCUCUCCUUUGGCUACUACACGUGUGUUGUCCUCUGGCCUCAGAGUAUCCCUUAUCAGAGCCUUGGACCUCUGGGCUACUUUACUCAGUAUUUGGUGAACCACCAUCACACCCUCCUGCAUAAUGGGUAUUGGCUUGCCUGGCUGAUUCACGUGGGAGAGUCCUUAUAUGCCAUGGUAUUGUGCAAGUAUAAAGGAAUCACAGACAGUCGGGCUCAACUACUCUGGUUCUUGCAGACUUUCCUCUUUGGGAUAGCAUCUCUCUCCAUCUUGAUUGCUUACAGGCCAAAGCGCCAAAAACACAGUUAAAGGAGAAAGCCAAAACUUC